AUGCCUCCCUCCCUGAGCACCCAUCCCUCCUUUACCCGUCCUCGGACUAGCGACCGCGAUGGCAGGCCCAGCACCCGCGACCAGGGCGCUGAUCAGAACCUCCUGAUUCCCAGCCGGACAUCCUCGCUGCACUCGCGCAUUACGCAGCCUAUUCCCUCCACUCUCAACAUGAAGCCCCAGCAGCGCACUCCCAAGACUCUCACUCAUGCCUACAUGGUCUGCGGUGUUGGCCGCGAGCCCUCUCAAUGGGUCAAGGCCCCCGCGCCCGCACAGGGCAAGAUCGGCCACAUGAAGGGUGCUGUCGGCCAGUUCUGGCUACCAGAGAUUUUGGGUAGCAGCCCGCGCCUUGAGCAGGAUAAUGAAAUUGCGCGUGCUCUUCAUGCCGCCAUGAGGGCCUGCUUCCCUCACGAUGUCGAGAUUUGCACAGGCCGAAGCCAGCCUCACUGCGUCCAUCACGCCUUCGUUCUUCAGCAAGAUUCUUCUCACACACUCUACGGAAUCUGCCUCCGAGUGUGGUCGCGGGCCGAUGAGAAGAGAGCCGAGACCAUCCGCGACCUUCGCAAGAGGACCGAGAGCGACUACUACGACAACCCUGAUGAGACUUACUGGAUCCCGUACUGCUUGUCUUUCCUGUCGCGUUAUCCUCUCUACAACCUCCUUGGAGACUAUCUUCGAGGCAUGUGGAUUCACUGGAAUAAGGCCACCAAUCUGUUCCAUGCCGAGGAGGUCUCGCGCAUCCUGAGCUUCCCAGCUCCCCGCCUCAACGAUCUUGUGCGCAUCGACAUGAAGGACUAUGCCCUCUGCUACCAGUUUCCUUCUUCUCCAACAGGGUUCCAGAACUUCGCCAUGUGGCCCCUGUUCAACUGUCUGUCAAUUCCUAACAUCGUCGGUGUCAUUGAGGCUGCCAUCUCUCCCACUCGCCGAAUCAUCUUCGUCAGCCACUACCCUGCCAUGCUCACCAUGGCCGCCGAGACUGUUCGAUAUUGCGUUCGAGUUUACGAGUGGAGCGGUCUCUAUGUUCCCGUUGUUCACGCCCGUCAUGCCAAGGAGCUUGUUCAGGAGCCUGGUCCCUACAUCCUUGGUAUCACUGUUGAGUGCCGCUCUCUCUUCACGGCGCCCACCGAUGCCCUGGUUGUUGAUCUUGAUCGCAACUUUGUUCUGACUUCCAGCCCACCCACUGCCCUGACUCCCGGUCAGCGCAACAAGUUCGUCACCCGACUCACCCAGGCUCUGAACGGCGACGUCACUCCUUCCGGCGUCCCUCAGCACCUUCGAUCCGCCUACGGUGGCGGCAAGCUUGUUCCUGCUGGCCAGAUCAUCGUCAUGCGCGGCGAGGUCGAGUCCAUCCAGGACCCUGAGUGGUGGAACCAAGAUGCGGUCAUGGCUGUCAUGGACCAUGUCUGCGAGAAGCUUGGUCGCAACACUGGCCUCAAGGCCGUAUUUGGUGGCUCCGUUAAGAAGCCCCUUAUGACCAAGGUUUCGAUGCGCCAUCUCAACGAGAUUGUCCGUGAGAGGAACCAGUACUCUCGAGAUGCUCUUGAGGCCUGGCAGGACUUCAUCAACCUCAAGGGUCGCAUGGACACUGAGCUUAACAAGGUCACUAAGCGGAACAACUACCUGGUGGAGGAGCUUGAGAGCUGGAAGCAGCAGUUCCUCAAGUUCCAGGCCUUUGCUGAGCAGCUCACCAAGGAGACCCAGGAUCUCAAGGUCAAGAUCGAGACCCACAAGAGGGAGAACCGCCGUCUUGCCGGCCUCAUUGACCAGCAGAAGGAUGACAACGCCCGUCUGUCUGUCCGUCUUACUGGCACUGAGAAGCAGCGUGACGAUGCUCUCGAGGCUCUUGUCCUCCAGCAAGAGAUUGCUGAGGAGCUUGAGCGUGAGCGCAAGCGAAACAAGAAGGAGUUGUCUCAGCUCCAGCACACCAACGUCACCAUCCUCCGACAGCGCGAUGAGGCUCGCCGCGUUGUCCUGCACCUUCGCAGCCUCAUUGGUGGUCAGAGCCACCACAUGGAGCAUCUCAUCCAGUCUCUUACCAAGCCGGAUGACCUGGCUCAGGAGAUUGAGGAGGGCUAUGACGAGGCUGAAGAUGAGGAGGGCGAGCCCAACCGCCUGUCUGUCAGCCCUGCUCCUCGAUCCAAGCGAUACUCUGCCUCCAGCUUCUCCGACGUCGCAGACCGUCAUCUCAAGGACAAGACUGACGCCAUCGCGCACAUUGUGCGCAACAUUGCCGAGCAGUGUCAAGCUGCUGUUGAGGGUCUCCAGUUAGCACACGACGCGGAGUUAGGGAGUAGUAGUAGAAGGAAUUCUAGCCUCUCUACCACCCAGAGCGAUGACGGCCACUCCGCCGCCACGUCCGAAACAGGGGAUGACUCCCUUCUCCAGCCGUCGGGAAGGGCGUCCAGUAUCCCUCCCACCCCGGAUCUCAUUCCCAACCGGAGCAGCACAGCCAUGUCCUUUGCCUCUACGGCUACGACUCCGGAGCGAGCGUCCCAACAGUAUCACCUUCGGGACGAAAUCCCCACCAAGAUUGUUGAGGAUGACGAAGAGGACUUCGAAGAGAGUCGAAGCAACACAGGAAGCGUCACCCACGAGACAGGAGUCGUCUCCAAGCACCCCGAGUCCCUGAUGCACAGGCCUUCGGGGGCCAGGAUCAGCGCUCUUGGUGGCACGCGCUAG